AAUCUCACCAAGAAGAAAGUGAUAUCUCCUAGGUCUCGCAGGAUAUCAAAGCCAAGCCGUGUGUAUCAAUGGAUUACAUGCUGUAUAGAGGAUUACCCUGAACUAGGAACCAGUGAUGGCAGGGAAAAGGUUUUCAUUAAAAGACGCUGCUAUCGGAUUUGGAGAGGCAUAUCGAAACAAAACAAGAGGGGAGAGAGUCUUUAAUGCCAUCGACGAUGGCGACCUCUAUAGGGUGGAGAAAAGGGUGCAAGAAUUAUCAGUUAUUUCAUCAAACUUGGACGUUCGGGAUGAGGCUGGAGUAAGCACCUACGCUAGAGCGAUCAACAAGGGGUUCUCUGCUGCUAUCGAGGUAUUGCUACGGUACAAUGUCCCUCUGGGAGACGCCCUCUUGCGAGCAUGCAAUGUAUCUUAUGACGAAGCAGCGAAAAUUAUCGUCAGACACGCUAAGACUUUAUCAGAUGAGGAGAGAAAAGCUAUCAUCGAAUCCCGUUCUGACAAUGAUGACUUCAUCAAAGCAAUGACACCUCUAAAGAUGGCUGCUAUCAGGAACAACUUUGUCGUGGUUUCGCUUUUACUAAAAGCCGGAGCUGAAAGAAUAAAGGAACCAAGUCUCGAAAGACUAGCUGAUACUAAGGUGGAAACAAUCGCCGAAUAUUUAGAUAUCUAUAGAGCACUCGCAAGCCCAGCGUACCUAUGCUUAGCUCACCCUAAUGCACUGAGUAACGCAUUCGCACUUACCGGUAGAUUGAGAAAGAUUGGUCGUUUAUGGGAGGCUUUCAACAAGGAGCUCUAUGACCUCGCCGACCAAGUUGAACAAUUUUGUGCAUCUCUCCUUGAUCACGUCUCCAACUCGUACGAACUUACAACACUGUUCAGGCAGAGUGAUAACCCGGAAGUAAUUCAUGCAGUUGCGCAGGUGCAGAAGGCCGUCGAUUUUCAACAGAAAGCUUUCGUAGCGCAUGCGUACACCCAGAAGAUCAUGUCAAUCAACUUUUAUCAAGGCCUUGACAUUAAUUCGAUGAUGUUCCCGGUCCUGAGUCUACUUACAAUGUUCGGAUAUCCGGUCAUCUGUCUUGCUUAUAUCCUCGUGCAGCAUCCACGAUUACAGACUUUCCUCUCAAUACCGCAUAUCAAGUUAUGUAUAUUCUUUGGCUCUGAUCUUGCUUUCUUUACCUGCUGUGCGGUUGUAUGUUUCAUUCACGACCAAAGGACGCUUGACAUCAUGGUUCCAAUUAUUGCAGUAUUCUGCCUAGGGCUCUCUUGGAAGCACAUUUGUGAGAUAAUGGAAUUUGGGAUCAGAGACUUUGUGAAUUACACCAUGAAUAUAAUAGAGUGGGCCAUCCUCGUCGUAUUAUACAUAGGACUGAUCUUAAGCUUGACAGGCGAUCUCACGAACAUUUAUAUAGAUCGCGCACGUUUACGUCACAAUGAAAGGACUGCGAUGGUGAUUGGUUCCACUAUGACGUCAGAUCUGAAUCCAUCCAAUGAUACUAUCAACGGUGGACUUGCAUUACUUGACUGGAAUGAUCCAAGAGUCGUCGCAUAUACUUUGUUUGCAUUCGUGAUUCUUUUGGUUGUGAUACAUGCUUUCUACACGGCUAUCAUCACUUUCCACGACCUCUACGUUGUGUGGGAAUCAACGCUAGGCGCCGUGGGUGUUAUUUUCAAAUUCAUGACGAUCUACGUUAUCUUUCAUUUCUCAUGCGCUAUUGGAUUGUCUCAUAUUUAUCAUCCCCAGACACUAAUUAGUGCUGAAGAAUGCUCUGGCUUGGAAUGUGAAUUGCACGAACAGAGGUAUCGGAAUUUCUCGCUGACAUUGCGGAAUCUGUGGUGGGCCUUUAAUGGACUCAUCAAGGGGGUUUUUGUAGACAAGCAAGUUACCGUGGUCAACGUUUUUCACAUCAUGUGUAUUGGCCUCUUCUAUGUUGGAGCUUUAGUCCUUGUCAACACGCUCAUCGCCAUGCUUGUAUCGAGACUCACGGCAGUCCAGGAAAAUUCGGAUACCGAGUGGAAGUACGGACGAACGAAGAUGUGGCUUCGGUUUAUCCGAACCGAUAUCGUUCUACCACCUCCAUUCAACCUCGUACCGACAACCGGGUUCAUUAUCCGACUCUUCAAGAAAUGCUGUUUAUUUUGUACAGGAUGUACACAGACGAAGCAAAGACAAUCCGAGGAGCACGACAAGAAACCUAAAAAGGAUCUCAGCGCAAAGAAAGUGAUAAAGAUAUUAUUGGAGCGGUAUAACGCAUCGCAGACGGAGAUACCAGAAGACAAGGGAGAUUCGAUCGGAAUUGAAGAUCUCCGUCAACUCCGCGAAGAUUUCAUCACGGUCAAGUUCAACGUCAGAAAAAAUAUUCAAGUCAUCGAAGAUAUGCUUGAAGCGAUAUGGGAGACUGUUGGCAAAUUCAAGAUACAAUACUUUAAUAUUGAUGACAUCUUUAACGAGAUUUCUGGUAUGAUAAGCGAGGUCCACAAUCUCAUUCAACGUGAUUACCCCGUUAUCGAUGUCGAUGUGAAUAACUGUCGUAUGAUGAUCAAGGAGGUCGAAGAUGCUCUCAAGUACUACCCCGAAGUCCCGAAGAUCAAAAGGCUUCCGAAGUUUGUUAAGGAUGUUAUCGACGACCAAGCCAAGGUAUCUUCGGAGUCGGGUUUAGAGCAUGUCAAGGACAAAUCGGAACCAGUCCAAGUGGAUGAUCAUCGUAUGAUGAUUGAGGAAGUCGGACAAACUUUCAACAACGGUCCCGAAGCCACUCAGAAGCUUGAGUUCAUGAGGCCUACAGGGUUCGUUGAAGAUGUUGUCGACUACCCAUUCAUGUCAGUGGAGGCAUUUACGGAGUCGGUUUCGGAGAAUGUUGAAAAUAAAAUGAAACCCGUAUAUAAAGAUGAUCAUGAUAUGAUGAGUGGGGAAGUUGAAGAAGCUCGCAGGUUCCGUUCUGAACUCUCUCUGAAGCUAAUGCAUAGGAGCUCUUCAAUGAAUGUUGUCGACGGUCCUGUCGAUGCACCUUCAGAGUUGGGUCUGAAGCACGUCGAAGAUAUAUCGGAACCAGCAAAUAAUGAUUAUAAUAUGACUGGGAAGGUCGGAGGAACUCGCAACUUCCGUUCUGAACACUCUAUGAAGCUAAAGUAUAUGGGGCCUCCAAAGAAUGUUGUCGACGACCCACUCGAUGUACCUUCGGGAUUUCGUCCAGAGCACCUCGAAGAUAAAUUAGAACCAGUAAAGAAAGAUGAUUAUCGUAUGAUGAUUGGAAUCGGGGCGGUCGGAGAAGCUCUCACCUAUCGCCCCGAAGUCACUCCGAAGCUAGAGUUCACAAGGUCUCCGAAUGUUGUUAAGGAUGUUUCCGACGGUCCAGUCGAUGUACCUUCGCAGUUGAGUCUAAAGAACGUCGAAGAUAAAUCGAAAACAUCAAAUGUGGAUGAUUGUGAUAUGAUAACUGGUGAGGUCGGAGGAGGUCGGUUCCGUUCCGAACUCUCCCUAAAGCUGAAAAAUAAGAGGCCUCCAAAGGAUACUUUCGACGACCCACUCAGGGUACCUUCGGAGUUGGGUCCAGAGUAUGUAGAAGAUACAUCGCAACCAGCAAAUAUGGAUGAUUAUGAUAUGAUUACUGGAGAAGUCAGAGGAGUUCGCAGCUUCCGUUCUGAACUCUCUCUGAAGCUAAAGCACAGGAAGCCUUAAAAGAAUGUCGAUGGCCCAGUCGAUGUACAUUCUGAGCCGAUUCCUGAGAGCAUUUUUGAGGAAGGAGCCAUUCUAACCAAAGAACGUUCGAGCUAAACUCAGAGAUCCUGUUUAAGGGAAAGACCGUUAUAGUCAAGGGAUCUUUAGAGCUAAUUCCAGAGAAAAAUUUCAAGAAAGAGUUCAUUCCAAACGAGGAUCCUUGUGCAAAUUUUGAGACCAAAUUUGCCAUCCCCAGAUACUCGGUACCGAAAUAACGCAACAUUCUGCAAGUGUAUAUCAGACCCAAAAUCCCCCCCCCCACAAAAAAAAUCAACAAAAGAAAAAAAAAUAUUCGUAUACAAAUGUAAUGAAAAGUGUGAUUUUAGCAUAGAAAUCCUUAUUGUUUUACCAAUCACAGCUCGUCCUCUUGCACCCAUUAUCUUUACAGUUUUUAUCAUAUAUUGUUUCGUUGAAGUGUUCUGUUAUUCAUUCGAUUUUACUUUUAUGAGUGCAUGUCGAAAAACACUGCAAAAUCGGAAAAUAACAUUAAAAACUGGCAUACUAGUCCAAUAUGCCACUUUACAAUGUUAUUUUCCGAUUUUGCAGUACCAGAUCCUAAUUCAAUAAUAAUAAUAACGAUACUAAUAAUAAUGAUAAUAAUAAUAAUAAUGAUAAUGUGA